GAAUCAGAUCCAAAGCAUCAGCCACCAGAGAUCCUCCGUCCUCCUCGCCAUCCCUCUCUCUUUCUCUCUUUACUCCUCCUUCAUCUCUCCUCCUCUCACCACGUCCCUCAAUCUUCUGUCUUCUGUCCCUUCUCUCCUCCCUUCGCUAGACGCACACAGGCCUGCUCGAGAACACUGCAGCAGAAGACCGUGAUCACACACACACACACACACACACACACACCGGCAGCACCGGCAGCGGCAGCAGCAGGCGGACUGGUAGGUGUGCUGAGGCCUGUCUUUUUCACUCCUGCAGCAGGAGCAAGACAUCCGUUCUCCUUUCGUCUCCGUCAAGGACUAUCAGCUCGACACAACCCUCCUCCCUCCUUUCCAAACCUGUCUUCAUCACCAGCCCCGUCCAUUUCCCUCUCCCUCCUCUAUCCUCCUGUCUCACUCCCGAGCUGCCUUCUUAAAACCAUCUCUCUCCUCCCUCUUCAUCUCCUCCUCGCACCUCCUCUCCUCCGGGCCGGCUGGUUUUCCCAGGAUGCCCUGCUUCAGGUCCCUCUGGUAGGCCCUAGCAGCAUGGGCGGAGGCUGGGUGGGGAGAGAGAUUACGGAUUGGACCCUUCCCCUCAGGACGGGCGCGCUGGCGGGUCACCCUUCCUCAGCUUCAGAUGGGCGAGGACGUUGAGAGCCCCAAAAUCAACCACACCUUUCUACGAGACUACGUCACUGAAGCUGAUGUCAUCUCUACGGUGGAGUUUAACCAGACGGGGGACCUGCUGGCAACAGGGGACAAAGGUGGCCGAGUGGUCAUCUUUCAAAGAGAGACUGAGUCAAAAGGGGAGUUAGAGGAGACGGGUGAGACGGGCGACUCCGGAGAGUACAAUGUCUACAGCACGUUCCAGAGCCACGAGCCAGACUUUGACUACCUGAAGAGUCUGGAGAUAGAGGAGAAAAUCAACAAGAUCAGAUGGCUGCCACAGCAAAAUGCCGCGCAUUUCCUUCUCUCCACCAACGAUAAGACCAUUAAACUGUGGAAGGUGAGCGAGAGGGACAAGAGACCUGAGGGAUAUAACCUGAAAGAUGAGGAGGGACGCCUGAAGGAUGUUUCUACCAUCACCUCCCUUCAGGUGCCAGUGCUGAAACCAACAGAUCUAAUGGUAGAGGUCCGUCCCAGGCGAGUGUUCUCUAACGGGCACACCUACCAUGUCAACUCCAUCUCUGUCAACAGCGAUGGGGAAACCUACCUGUCUGCUGAUGACCUCCGCAUCAAUAUGUGGCACCUGGGCAUCACAGACCGUAGUUUCAAUAUUGUAGACAUCAAACCUGCCAACAUGGAGGAUCUGACAGAGGUGAUAACAUCUGCAGAGUUCCACCCUCAGCACUGCCACUUGUUCGUGUACAGCAGCAGCAAGGGAACCCUACGCCUCUGUGACAUGAGAGCAUCAGCACUCUGUGACAAACACACCAAACUUUUUGAAGAGCCUGAGGAUCCAGGGAACCGCUCCUUCUUCUCAGAGAUUAUUUCCUCUGUGUCGGAUGUCAAAUUCAGCCACAGCGGACGCUACCUGCUGACGAGAGACUACCUCACCGCCAAGGUGUGGGACAUCAAUAUGGACAAAGGCCCAGUGGAAACGUACCAAGUCCAUGAAUACCUGAGGAGUAAGCUGUGCUCCUUGUACGAAAACGACUGCAUCUUUGACAAGUUUGAGUGUGUCUGGAACAGCUCAGACAGUGUGAUCAUGACGGGGGCGUACAACAGCUUCUUCCGGAUGUUCGACAGGGAGACGGGUCGAGGCGUGACCCUGGAGGCGUGGCGAGAGAGCAGCAAGCCCCGAGCUGUGCUACGCACACGACGCGUGUACACUGGUGGUAAGCGUCGCCGCGGUGAUGUGGGCGUUGACAGCCUGGACUUCACCAAGAAAAUCCUGCACAUGGCUUGGCACCCGUCCGAGAAUAUAAUUGCUAUAGCGGCCACCAACAACUUGUACAUCUUUCAGGAUCGUGUCAACGCUGAGACACAGCUGCAGUGACGGGACUGGGAAUACACCGUUUUUUCUUCACAAACAGUGACUCAAAUAUACGUGAAUGUUUUAGAGAAGGCAUGUGGGGAUAGAGCCUUUAUGAGAGGAUUAAGUCAAACGCCAGGCUGUAUCGUGACAUACAGAGAUGCAGCCUUUUGCAGAUUGAAUUAAAGAUCCGAUUGCAAGACUAUUUGUUUCAGUUUAUUUGAUCAACAAGGAAUGUGUAAAAAAAAAACAUUUUUUUAAACACUGAGAGGAACCCAUAUCUCCGGUGGCCAAUGGGACAUGUUUUUUGCUGCACUCUACUCACACUUUUUGAAGAUGUUUGUGCAAUUUCCCACUCCAAAGCAGUGAAUGAGGUGCAGGGACACCUCUCCAUCUGCAAUGACUCGGUACUGUUGCUCACAUAUCGCUGCACCACUCACUAAUGUACCCUUUUCACAGAAAAUAGCAGAUAAUGAGCUGGGUCGCGUCAGAGAAGAUAUUCCUGAUGCUACGAAACGUGCAUACCUUAGACCAAUUUGUGACUUUACUAGACAAUGUGCAUCAACAUCGAAGCAUUUUUAAUGUGGAACGUUAGGAAUCGUGUUCCUGUACAGCUCUUCACAAUGUUCUUUUUCUUCUAUCGAGUGAUAGCAGCAACGGAACCACUCCUUUAGAGCAGUGCUCAUGGAGAUAGCACGCAUUAUUCACCCAUAACCUUUGCAAUAAUAGCAGCAACAAGAAUUCUGCAGCAGUAUUCCAGCUUUAACGCGAGUUCCUUUACAGGUACCAUGAACGCUUCUGCUCUUUCUACACUUAGCUGUAAAUACCAUGUUCUUUUUUUAAAGGUCAACAGAUUUUGUCAAGUGCACUGUAAAUGAACACGAGAUAUAAUUUAUGAAAAGGUUCCAGAAUCACACUAUUUCUGAUAUUUUUUGUUGAAGCAAUAUAUUGGCAGGUAUUACUGGUACUGGAGAGGGUAGCGUGGUUUGUACUCAGAAGAGCCUUUAGUGUUUAGCUGUGUUUAUUAAGCCUAUAUUGGGUUUUGAUUGCCAUAUCAAAGUCAUUUCCUGUCUAAAUUCCACAUACUCACAUAGUAAUUCAUCACCUGUGAAGGAGGCUACGUGUUAAUGUUGAACUUUUUUGUACAAGGGCAAGAAAAAGUUUGUCAACCCCUUAGAAUUAAUUGGUUUUCUGCAAUAAUUUGCCAUAAUAUCAGAUUUGAUCUUCAUUUUAACUAACAGAACCCAAACAAUUAUAAUUGUUUUGGUUUCUAUUGAUCGCACCUGCUAGACAUUCAGAGAUCUGGAGGAAAAAGUAAGGGAUUUGUUGGCCUAAUAGUUCG